AGAUCCCUGCUCACGUGCUUCAAUUACUAAGGCAAAACCGGAAGCGGAAGAGGGGCCUGAAUUUGUGUUUAUGACAAGGUGGUGUGCAGUGGAAUCUUUAAUUCUCAUAAUACCUUCUUACAAGACUUGUUUGUGAAAUUAUGGACGAUACAUUGUUUCAGCUGAAGUUUACAUCAAAGCAGCUGGAGAAGCUGGCAAAGAAAGCCGAGAAAGACUCCAGAACUGAACAGGCCAAAGUGAAAAAGGCUCUUCAGCAGAAGAAUGUGGAGUGUGCCAGGGUCUAUGCAGAGAAUUCCAUCAGAAAGAAGAAUGAAGGGGUGAACUGGCUGAGAAUGGCAUCUCGAGUGGAUGCGGUGGCGUCAAAAGUUCAGACAGCAGUAACAAUGAAGGGGGUUACAAAGAAUAUGGCUCAAGUUACAAAAGCACUGGACAAAGCUCUGGGCUCAAUGGAUCUCCAGAAGGUGUCAGCUGUUAUGGACAAGUUUGAAACGCAAGUCCAAAAUCUGGACGUUCACACCUCGGUCAUGGAGGAUUCAAUGAGUUCGGCCACCACCCUGACCACACCCCAGGAGCAGGUGGAUAGCCUGAUCAUACAGAUCGCAGAGGAGAGCGGCCUGGAGGUCAUGGACCAGCUGAAAGAUCUGCCAGCUGGAGCCACUUCACUGGGAGAGGGCUCUGCCCGCGUGCAGGAUAAGGAGGACCAGCUGUCGAGGAGGUUGGCUGCCUUACGACAUUAAACUUACGACUUUGUUUAAAAGAGAAAACAGCCAUUAGUGCUUUAAAGGACUGUCUGCAUGGGAGAGUAGAGUAUGAGCUCCAUGUAUUAUAAUCAACUGUAUGUAUAAGCAUUCUGGCGUCCUAUUAUUGAUCUUCCCUAUAGUACCUGUUUCAUUUUAUUUAUAGCCGAUCUCACUAAGACUGAAAGGAUGCUGCUGAACAUCAGGCAGCCUGGAAACAGCUUGACAAUCCAGUGUAUGGUUUAUUAUGCUGUUCUCUUGGUUGGGUUUUAUUGAACACUGUGCAACCUUGUUAUUUGGUCUCUCAAUGUUCUCUGUUAUCUGGUCUGAUUCACAUAAUGUAACCCAAAAACACUAAAGUACUGCAUAUAGCAAAACUACUACGUGAAUAUUGUUCACAGCUGAAGAUUAAACAAACAGAUGCAUUCAGUAUGACUCAAUACCAAAUAACAUCUUUGAAUUGUACAGUUUUAUCUGUGCGUUUUUGCUAAUUCUCAGAACAUUUUUAUUGAUCAGUCUUGGCCAGUAAGAAACUAAAUAAUGGAUAGUUAGUAAUCUGUUGGUGCAGCCAACACAACUUGGAAUAUGCAGGUGUGCUGUAUGAUUAGUUUGCAUGUAUAUGAACCAUGUUCUUCUAAGCAGAGAAACUUCUGCCUCUAACCAUCUGUUCAGAUUGAUAACACGCUCCACUUCUAAAUAACUUGCAUAAAAACAGAAGCUAGUGAAAACUAACACACCCAGUUCGUAACAUGCAAGUAGUGUUCACGAAGUUGAAGUUACUUUUUUUCGGUAUACAGUAACAGUGGACUGAAAUAAUUUGAAAAACCCCUUUCAACUCUGCUAAUUUAGUUACAGUAGCAUUAGUUAUUAUAACCCCCACUCUGCAAACAAUCUAUGUAGGAAAAUGAGUAAACGAUAUUAUCUUUUACAGAUAAUGUAGAUUAUUUUAUUUAAUAUUGCCUAACACAAACACAGGUGCUUGCUGAAGAGCUCAACAUUCUAUGGUGUCAGAAUGCCUCUCGUUGGAGUGAUGAUACAUAGGAGAUUACAGGCAUAUUUGCAUGAUUUAGCUGACUUAAUAAAAUAAAUAUAUAGACCUUUGACAAGCCUUUAAUAUAAUAUGUAAUACCAGUCACAUAUGAAACAACAUACACUUUAUGGUGUAUUCUGGGGAAUUAUUUUAGGGUUAUGUGGGAUCUUAAUGAACAUGAUUGGAUCAAAACAUUUUCUUUCUGUAAUUUACAGUUCUGGAUGAUUUAAUAUCUUUGUCUGCUUGUGCUUUUAAAUGGUUCUUUUUGGUGUGGUCCAUCCCAGAUUAUUGAUGUUCAAAGAUAUAUAAAGAAAGUAAUUUUUUUGGUUUUGUAUUUUUAAAUAAACCCUGUUCAUUCUGUU